GGAGAAAUCCAAAGCGGAAGUGAGGAAGAAGCGAAGUAGGAAACUUUGUUUGGACUGUGGGGGGAACCCAGAAGUUGUCAUCCCCACCGGAGCUGCGUGAUGAGAAGAGCAGAAGGAACUUUUGCUCCACGGACGAAGCCGACCCUGUGACCGAGACACGAUGGGACUUCCACCGCUGGAGUUCAGCGACUCGUUCGUGGACAGCCCGGACUUCAGGGAGCGCCUGAAGUGCCAUGAGUUCGAGCUGGAGCGAACAAAUAAAUUCAUCAAGGAGCUCAUCAAGGAUGGAAAUAUGCUGAUCACUGCGCUCAAGAGUCUUUCUGCUGCUGUCCAGAAGUUUUCUCAGUCCCUGCAGGAGUUCCAGUUUGAGUGCAUAGGUGACGCAGAAACAGAUGAUGAGGUGAACAUCGCCCAGUCAUUUAAAGAGUUCUCCCAGCUGCUGAACACGGUUGAAGAGGAAAGAAGACGUUUGAUUCAGAAUGCAGAUGAUGUCUUGAUUGCUCCCUUGGAGAAAUUUCGCAAGGAGCAAAUCGGUGCAGCGAAGGAGGUAAAGAAAAAAUUUGAUAAGGAAACAGAGAAAUACUACUCCACACUUGAGAGACACCUCAACCUGUCAUCUAAGAAGAAAGAGGCAUAUCUGCAGGAGGCCGACACGCAUAUUGAUAAAGAGAGACAACUCUUCUAUGACGCCUCCCUUGAGUACGUUUUCAAAAUACAAGAAGUGCAAGAGAAGAAAAAAUUCGAGUUUGUUGAGCCGCUCCUGGCCUUUCUUCAGGGUUUGUUUACGUUCUACCAUGAAGGAUAUGAGCUGGCUCAGGAAUUUGAGCCAUACAAACAGCAACUCCAGUUCAACCUCCAGAAUACACGAAACAACUUUGUGAGCACCAAGCAGGAAGUGGAGAAGCUGAUGCAGAGGAUAAGGUCUGCAGAUCAGGACUAUAAGCCCCCAGGCCAGUGGACGAUGGAGGGCUUCCUGUACGUCCAGGAGAAACGUCCUCUGGGAUGCACUUGGACACGUCACUACUGCACGUACGAGAAAGGCAGCAAGACAUUCACCAUGAGCAACACCGAAAACAAGUCAGCUGGGAAACAGAAUGGCCUUGUCCUGAGUCAGCCAGAGAUUUUCAAGCUCAAGUCCUGCAUUCGAAGGAAGACAGACUCCAUCGACAAGCGUUUCUGCUUUGACAUUGAAGUGGCUGGGAGAAAUGACAUCUGUCGUGGAACUCUUUUCAGGCCGCUUCAGUUUUUCUGUAAAGUCCGGCAUGGCGUUAUGACACUGCAGGCGCUGUCGGAGUCCAACAGAAAACUGUGGCUGGAGGCCAUGGAUGGCAAGGAGCCGAUUUACAACCUGCCAGCUAUAUUAAGCAAAAAGGAGGAGACAUAUCUUAAUGAGGCGGGUUUUAACUUCGUAAGGAAAUGCAUCGACCUGGUCGAGAAGAGAGGGAUAAGCACGAUGGGGUUGUACAGGAUCGGAGGGGUCAACUCCAAAGUGCAGAAGCUGAUGAGCACAGUCUUCUCUUCGAAGGCGCCUGCAGAUAUGGAGCUGGAUCCUGAGAUGUGGGACAACAAAACUAUCACCAGCGGUUUGAAGAAUUACCUCAGAUGUCUGUCUGAGCCUCUAAUGACUUUCAAGUUCCACAAAGAUUUCAUCCUGGCUGUCAAGUCGGAUGACCAGAACUACAGGGUGUGUGCUGUCCAUGCUUUGGUCCACAAGCUACCAGAGAGGAACAGGGAAAUGCUGGAGUUACUAAUCAAACAUCUUGUCACAGUUUCUGCACAAAACCAGUCCAACUUGAUGACGGUGUCGAACCUGGGCGUUAUCUUUGGGCCCACUCUGAUGCGCUCGCAGGAGGAGACUGUCGCUGCUAUGAUGAACAUCAAGUUCCAGAACAUUGUUGUGGAAAUACUCAUCGAGAACUUUGAUAAGGUCUUCCACCAGCCCCCGGAUCCCAACGUGCCGCUGCCACAGCCGCAGAGCAGGCUCAGCUCCCGCAGGAGCCGAGCCAUUUGUAUGUCCAAGGGGCCUCGCAAACCCCGCAGUCUCUACACUCCAACUCUGUGCCUGGCUGAUGCAGAAAAUCCCUGCAUAGGUGACACUUUAAGCAGCAGUCCCAGCAGUACCCCUAUGGGCAGCAUGGAGUCUCUGUCCUCCCACUCCUCGGAGCAGAAUGCCUCGUCCAAAGCAGCUUCCUCCAGGCAGAAGACGGGUCAAAGCAAGUCGGACCUCCUGCCCCGGACGCCAUCUCAGCUCUCAAACGGCCCCAGAAGCACAGUGUGUGUUAGCAACCCUGAGUCCAGCUCCAGGGAGGAUGCGGGGCGAACAGAUGCAGAGUCAGAGGACGCUCUCAGCCUGUCCUCAGUCAGCACCACACCCAGACUGUCUCCUGCUCCAAGGAAAGCCCCCCAUUUCAACACUGACCUCAAGUCAGCGCUGCUGACCCGCUCUGCUUCUCCCUCGCUCAAAUCCCUGCACAUAUCUGAAGGCCACAGGAGCAGCUCUGGAUCUGUUCAAAACUUAUUAACACUGGAGAACAAAGAGAGUCUAAAACCUUCAGAGCACCCAGAUCUACCACCCAAAGUAGUGAUCCGCCGCAGGAUGGACGGGUCCGCCAACAACGGCUACCAAAGACCAGGAUCAGUGGUUGCUGCCAGAGCACUGAUCUUUGAAAACCCCCUCUCCCUACAGCCUGCACAAGUUGGAAGAGAUGCCAAGGCAAUGUACUCCUGUGAGGCAGAGCACAGCAAUGAGCUCAGCUUCCCCCAGGGGGCGCACUUCACUAAUGUCUACCCCUCCGUGGAACCAGGCUGGCUCCAAGCAACAUACGAGGGGAAAACAGGUUUAAUCCCAGAGAAUUAUGUUCUUUUCCUGUAGCAGAUGGUACGCUUACCUUUUUUUCAUGGCAUCCAUGGAAAAAUACACCUUUAUAACUGUAACAAUAUGGCAUUUUCACCAGAUAUUUAGGAGGCCAGUGUUUAAAUUAUGAUAUGGUUGGGGGGACCUGCAGAUAUUAAGAGGAAAUACAGUAGAGAUUACUGUAAAAUAUAAAUAUAAAAAACA